AUGCUAAAACAGGAGAAACGAGCCCUGAAUGUAGACCUGGAGAUGGUGAGGAAAGAGCGGGACCUUGCCAGAGCUCAGGCUGUCUCUACAUCAGGUGAUAAAGGUUUCGAACUAAAGAUGCUCCAGGAAAAACAUCAGGAGGAAGUCACAGAGCUGAAGAAGAGACUGCAGUGGUAUGCUGAGAAUCAGGAACUACUAGACAAAGAUGCAGCCAGACUCCAAGCUGCCAUCGCUGAGACUCAAAGGCUCACUGAGCAGGUCGAAAAGCUAAAAAUGGAGGUCAGCAAGGGGGCCAAUGAGCAACAAAGAAAGGCAAAAGAGAGAGCGGGUGAAGCUAAAAGAAUCCAGGACCUGGAACGACAGCUCAAACAGAUGGAAGAGCUCUUGAAACGCAGGCAUCCGAACUCCCUGCCAGCCCUGAUCUUGGCUGCUGCAUCUACCGGCACAGAAGAUAAUGGAUUAGAUGUCCGUCUCCCAACUACCUCUUAUUCCUCCCAAACAGCAGCUCUGUUGGAGAGACGUGUCCAUCGAUUGGAGGCGGAGCUAGAAGGCCGCGAUGAAGCAGCCAAACGCAGUCUCAGAACAAUGGAACAACAGUAUCACAGAAUCAAAGUAUGAACAGCAGAUCUCAGAUCUGGAGCAGCGUUUGGCUGAGAAGAGCCAGAACAAUCAGGUUAUCUCAUCAGAAUCAUCUGAGUCACAAACUCAGGGGUCGAUUACAGAGAUGGAGGAAGUGAAGAAGGCCUAUCAGAAGCAAGAGAGUGCCCUCAAGGCAGAAGUGGCCUCUCUGCAAGAACAACUCCGCCAGGCCCAGUCUUUGAUGCAAGCAGACAAGCCUGUCCGCAGCUCCUCACGGCACCAGCUCCAUGCGGAGGCGGCACAAGCAACCCACAUUGAGAGACUGACCCAGGAACUGAGCUCCAAGAGCCGCACUAUUCAGGAGCUGAGCCUUACUGUAGAGCGCCUGCAGAGGGAAAGGAGAACCAUGCUGCCAGGUCCUAGCUUUGAUCGUGUCACCAAUGAGCCCAAGCGGCAUUUGGGCGCAGCCAAAGAGACCAAAAAAUCUGAAGCUGAGACUUUCCCCGCUACCCAAGAUGAGAAAGACUACCAUCCUGGAUCGUUCUCAGGCUCACACAUCUCAGA